CGUUUCCAGGCCGCUCCGGGCACAACGGCGCCUGGGCGUCAUGGAGCCCAGACUCGUCAAGCCGCCGGGCCAGGACGUCGUGGUGGAGCGUCUCAAGAGCCGCUACGGCCUGGGCGGUGGCUGCCCCGCCGAGUAUGAUUUUUCACACUUUGAUCCGGCUAAAUGUAAGAGAUCUUUAACCUCCCCAGAUGAUUUGGCUAUCUACUCAUCUGGAGAUAAAGUCGGUUCAUCAUUAAGAUGUUAUUCUGAUGAAAGAAAGCAUUAUACAACACCUCUUUGUAGUUCAUUCAAGUACUUAAACGUGAAUUGCCUAGAUGAUGAACUGGAUUCUUUUCAAGAUUUGAAGCAACAGGAAACAGAAGAAGAUUUGAUUGAGAGUGAUGAUAGAGUCAGUACCUCCAAAAUAACCAAGGAGUCUUUUAGAGAAAUAGCAAAAGCAGUUGCCCUGCCAACUAAUUUUGCCCCAAAUUCAGGAAAUUGGACUGAAAGUUGUAGUGGUGCAAGUGACUCUCCUUUGAAACAUGUCAGCUAUCCACCAUCUAAAGCGUCAAACAAGCAGAGUUUACUUCCACAUCAGAUCAAUCAGAUAUAUGAUGAAUUAUUUCAGAUACAUCAGAAACUGCAGUGUGAAACUGCAGCACAACAGGAAUUUGCUGAAGAACUUCAAAAGCGAGAACGUUUUUUAGUUGAAAGAGAACAACUGCUUUUCAGACAUGAAACUGCUUUGAGUAAAAUUAAAGGUGUCGAAGAAGAGGUUCUUACAAGAUUUCAGAUUAUAAAGGAGCAACACGAUGCAGAAGUUGAGCACUUAACUGAAGUUCUUAAGGAAAGAAAUAAAGAAAGCAAGAGGCUAAGGUCCUCUUUUGAUGCGUUGAAAGAAUUGAAUGAUAACUUGAAAAAACAGUUAAAUGAAGUAAAUGAAGAAAACAGGAAGAUGGAGAUUCAGGCUAAAAGAGUUCAGGCUCGUUUAGAUAAUUUACAGAGGAAAUAUGAGUUUAUGACCAUACAGAGAUUGAAAGGAAGUUCCCAUGCUGCUCAUGAAAUGAAAAGUUUAAAACAAGAAAAAGUACUAGUUUCAAAAACUUAUAAGGUACCACUUAAUGCACAAAUUUAUGAACUUUUAACUGUCUUCAUGGACUGGAUUUCAGAUCACCACCUUAGCAAAUUGAAAAAUGAAGAAUAUGGAAUUGAUGGUGGAAAACCAGUAAUCAAAUUUGCUUCUCAGAGAAAUGAUAUUCAGGAGAAGUGUGUGAAGCUUUUGCCUGUGUUGACAGAGCAGCUACAGUGGAUGCCAUUUGUGAGUGCCAAACUUCAUGAGCCUUUUGUAAAAUUUUUAUAUUGGUCUGUAAGGCAGCUGGAUGCUGGAACACAGCAUACAACUAUGACAUCAACAUUGAGGAGAUUGGGUGAAGACCUGUUCAAAGGAGUAGUAACUAAGGGAAUGCCGGAUAAUUCUUCAGAACAUUCUGUGGAGAAUAAACCAAAGACAGCUGCUUUUUUUAAGAGUUCCAAUUUACCAGUGAGAUUCUUAUCAACUUUAAUUGUUCUCAAAACAGUCACUCAAGCUGACUACCUGGCUCAGGCGUUUGACUCUCUGUGUUUGGACUUGAAGACAGACGAAGGAAAAGUCUUGUUUUUGGAGUGUCAGGCUGUUCCAGUGGUGUUAAGUCACCUAAGAAUAUCCAGCAAAGGGCUCCUGUCCAAUGUCAUUGAUAGCUUGCUUCAGAUGUCGGUGGAAUCCAAGGGAGUCGCAUCAGCGGAUGUGUCUCUCCCCACAGUGAGAGAAACAACAGCCAUAUUCCUGGUGUUGCCUCUUCGACUUUCCUGUUUUAUUGGACAGACGGCAGGGAGGGGCUCUCCAGCUGAAAACCUUGUUGGAAAAGAAAUCUCAGUAGAAUUGAUUUACACAUGGCUUAUCUUACCCAACUCGUGGGCAUUGGUGGCUAGCUGUGUGUGAGGCACUGUGUUUCAAGCAUGUGUUUGCAGUGCUCUGCUGAGCCAUGAGGCUUCCUCUGAAGCGCAUAGGAGCAAGGGGCUGGAAGGAGGUGUCAGUGGGCUGAGCUGGAGCCCCAGACUGCAAAGUGCCUAGGACUGGUUCACUAGGAAGUCCACAGAGACAGUGUUGAGAAAGCUGUGUAGCAAUUUGACAGUAAUUUUGUAUCUGUUAAAUCCAAUAAUAAUUUAAAACAUUUGGACUUUGUUUUAUUUCAUUUUCUAGUGUUUUUAAUGGUAUUAUAAAAGGUAAACUGAGACACAUUACAUUUUGAAAAAUGUAUUUGAGCAAACGACGAUUCGAAUGGAGCAGCACUAAAACUGAAAAUGGUUGGGGUGCUCUGUGGCCGGGCCUGGGGCAGAGAUUUUCACAGAGAAGACAUGAAGCAAAGCAGUUAUUUAAUUGGCUAUAACUUAAAUGUUGCCUUCAUGGGAAAAUUUGGUUAUUUGGCUGUUAGGAUAGUUGUUCUUAAGUCUCCUUUUCCUAGAUUCCAGUGCACUCCCUCUGGCAUAGGUUUUGGUUUGUUUAGGUAGGCUGACUACCCAAGGCACUAGACCUACCCUAGUCCAAUAACCUCCUUGUUUAACUAUUUUAAUAGUGUUUUGUAAAAGUGUGAUGGAUUCUUCAUGUGAUGGAGUGGAAAUUAAAAAGACUGGUCCUUCAUCACAUUUUGAAGAGCAGUUGGACAACACUGUCUGUGCUGGUCACUUUAUAUUAAGCUGUAUUAUGGUUAGUGCUCUGCAGAAUGGUUUUUUUCCUCUUCUCGCCUUGUGCUCUUCCCCCAGAUUCAUGUUUUCAGGUAUGAGAAAUAUUUCCAGCUGCAUAGAUAUUGUUUUUUGAAAGCUGCUAAAAUGUAUUUCUCUGAGUGUGAGUUAAAAUCUAUGCAUUGAUUUACUUCAACAUGUAUUAUGAGCACUAUGCUGUUUUUAGAUUGAGGGCUUCUUGUAUAUCUGUUCUGGGCGUGGGUAUAUAUCAUAUAAUAACUUAGUGUUGCUUUUAGAAAAUUACUGUGUGGUUUCUUUCUCCUCUCAGUGGUUGAAAGCCAUUAUUCACCUGUUUGGGUUUACCUGUAUAAGAACUUGAGUCUUAUUUUAUUUCAAAGAAUACUUUCCUUUUCUUGUCAGACUUAGUUUAAAUAGAGGGAUUUAAGUUUGUAUUUGUAUUAUAUAUUCUCUUUUUUGGUCCAGAAACUGCCUUGUCUAAGGUAAACAUGCUACCGUUUAACACUUGAAUGGCAAUAAUGUACAUGAGUACAUUUUGCAGAACUUAUUUUUUUAAGUAAAGUUUAUUUUUAUUACAAAAAUAAUAGAAAUUUGGAAAACUCCAAAGUAACAAAAAAGAAAGUCUUACUAUACAGAGAUAUGUACAUUUACUUUCUGUGAAUAUUGCUUCCUGUCUUUUUUCUUUGAAUAGUUUUCAUGAUGUUGAGUUUUUCUUUUAUUUUUUUUAACAUGGUUAAGUCCUAGUAUGUAUACAGUUGUAUCAAUGUUUGUUUAUCUGUCUAAAUAUCACUAUAAAAAAGAUAAUAGAUUUUGCUAAGAAAUAUGCUUGAGUUCUGUUUAAAUUAUCUGUGAAUAUAGGUAAGA